CUUUAGCAACACCGCAUGAGUGCAGCCGCAAAAGUGUCAACUGUCAGUGUCAGCACCCGAUAAGUAGUUAUUGGGAUUUUCCAAAAUCUAUUUCAAAUGAACCGGUAGAUUUGAACCAUUCGUCGAUAUUCGAGCCCCUUGAAGUGCCAGCACACGAUGGGGCAGCACGUUUCCCGAACCGACUUUGAAUGGGUUUACACCGAAGAGCCUCACGCAAGCCGCAGGAAAAUCAUUCUAGAGAAAUAUCCGCAAAUCAAGAGGCUCUUUGGGUUCGACCCCAACUUCAAAUGGGUGGUAACGGGGAUGGUGCUCACUCAAUUCUUCCUGAUGUUUGUGCUGAGGAACCGGUCCUGGCCUGUCCUGCUUCUAGUCGCCUACUGCUUAGGGGGAGUCAUCAACCACUCCUUAAUGUUAGCCAUUCAUGAAAUAUCGCAUAACUUGGCGUUUGGAUACGCUCGGCCGCUGCACAACAGGCUCUUUGGCUUCUUCGCCAAUUUGCCCAUCGGAAUUCCAAUUUCCAUUAGUUUUAAGAAAUAUCACCUGGAGCAUCACAGAUAUCAAGGCGAUGAACUGAAGGACACGGACAUCCCCACCUACCUGGAGGCCAAACUGUUCUGCACCACGUUUGGCAAGUUCAUUUGGGUCAUUUUGCAGCCGUUUUUCUACUCGUUCAGGCCCCUGGUCACCUACCCCAAGCCGCCCACUAAUUUGGAGUUUAUCAACUUGGGCAUACAACUGGCCUUUGAUGCCAUUGUGGUGUGGUUGUUUGGCUGGAGGAUCUUGGGGUAUUUGGUGUUUGGAAGCGUGAUGGCCAUGGGCUUGCAUCCCGUGGCGGGACACUUUAUCUCGGAGCACUACAUGUUCAAGAAAGGGUACGAGACCUACAGCUACUACGGCCCUUUGAACUUCAUCACGUUCAACGUGGGCUACCACAACGAGCAUCAUGAUUUUCCAGCCGUCCCUGGGUCGCGGUUGCCCGAGGUGAAAAAAAUCGCCCCCGAGUUCUACGACGAUUUGCCGCAACACCAGAGCUGGACUCAGGUGCUUUACGACUUCAUCAUGGAUCCCGAUGUCGGCCCCUACGCCCGAAUCAAGCGGAAGAAGCGCGGCCUGAACUAAAUCCGUUUUUGCCGCUUUAAUCCGGGAUUUUGCGCGUAUCUAGAGCCACCCGGAGCUGCGGAGUCGCAGUUGAUUGUUGAUUAUUGUAUAUAGCAUACGAUUGGACUAAAUUAUCCUGUAGGUUCAUGUGAUUAAAAUGUGUAUUUUUUCUAUGCAAA